AUGCAACGAAGUGUUAUAGGAAUAGAUCUCAACUUCUUUCAGAAUAAGGACGUAUUAAAUAAAAGUAAGAAAGGUUUUGAACGAGUGUCUAAUCUCUAUUAUAUCAGAUUCAGAGAUUUUGGUAACCGAGACAGACUGUGCUUACCUCAAGGUCUGACCUAUAUGCCUCGAAAACUUCGAUCACUAAAUUGGACUUUUUUUCCAAUGACAUGUUUGCCUUCUAAGUUAAAUCCAAGUUUGAGAAGUUAUGGGAAGGAAAUCAAAGUCAUCGUCUUUAUAGCAAAGGUGAAGACUUUUCAGGGAUGGGAAGGAAGCCGGAGAAGGAACAUCCACGAAAAUCUUGUGGGAAAGAUUAAAUACCACAAGAGAUUUGCACAAGUAAAGGCUCUUAGGCAAGCUGACCGGAUCUACGGGCCAACGAAGCUUGAAGAUCCUCCACGUCGUGAUUAA